AUGCAGCUGCCCUUUGAGGUGCCUCAAAAGCCACACGGCAGGCAGCAGAGGAGCUCUGAAACCUCGCAAGCACCCUUCUUCCUACUUCCCCCGUUGACCCUUCACUCCUUUCCCCUGCAUUCCUUCUCCUUCACAGGGGUUAUUCUCGUCCAGAGCUUGCAACUUACCGGCCUCUUCCAGUACGCGAUCAGGCAAGCAGCAGAGAGUGAGAACUACUUCACCUCGGUGGAGCGCAUCCACGCCUUCAUGCAGCUGCCCCCCUCCACUCCCCCUACUUCCACUCCUUCCCCUCCAACAGGUGUGAUUCUGGUGCAGUCCCUGCAACUCACGGGUCUGUUCCAGUAUGCGAUCCGACAAGCAGCAGAGAGUGAGAACUAUUUCACCUCCGUGGAGCGCAUCCACGCCUUCACGCCUUCAUGCCCCUUGACUCUUCACUCCUCCCCCACAGGUGUGAUUCUGGUGCAGUCCCUGCAGCUGACGGGUCUAUUCCAGUACGCCAUCAGACAGGCAGCAGAGAGUGAGAACUACUUCACCUCGGUGGAGCGCAUCCACGCCUUCAUGCAGCUGCCCUCCGAGGCCAAUCACCUCUCGCCACCUGGCACGCUGCCGCCCGCGUGGCCGGACAAGGGGCGAGUGGAGUUCUGCCACGUGUACAUGGCGUAUCGGGAGGACCUGCCUUACGCACUGAACGAUCUCACCUUCACUGUGGCGGGCGGCGAGAUGGUUGGCAUUCUGGGGCGAACCGGGUCGGGCAAGUCCAGCCUGGCAGCGGUGCUCUUCCGAUUGGUGGAGAACAGCCGCAGCCGAGGCCACGUCAGCAUCGACGGCUUGGAUCUCACAGGCGUGGGGCUGGACGACCUCAGGCAGCGCCUCUCCAUCAUCCCGCAGGAUCCGGUUCUCUUCCAGGGCAGUGUACGGCAGAACCUGGACCCCUUCGGCCGCUACUCCGAUACUGACAUGCAGGACGCCCUCAGGCGCGCCCAUCUCUCUCCUCCCACCUCCCAUUCCAACCCCUCAGCACCGCCAUCAACUCCUCCUCCUCUUACUCUCAGCAACGGCGAAGCUGAUGUGGAGGACCGAAACAGCAACGGUGGAAGGCACGGGAACGGCGUUGAGUGUGAUUCAUCCAGGAUACUUGAGGGAUCCCCAUCUCACGCUGCUGCCUCGGCUGCCACCACGAGGCUUCGCCCUGUGACUCUUGACAUGGAUGUGUCUGAAAACGGGGAAAAUUUCAGUGUGGGGCAGAGGCAGCUUCUCUGUCUCGCACGUGCCUUGCUGCGCCAGUCCCGAGUGGUGGUGCUGGAUGAAGCAACCGCAGCCGUUGACGGGGAGACCGACGCUCUAGUCCAAGCCACAGUGCGCGAGCAGUUCGGUGCUGCAGGCAUGCGAGCCACAGUGCUCACUAUAGCGCAUCGCAUCGAUACAGUUAUUGAUGCGGAUAGGGUGUUGGUGCUUGCGCCUGGAGGUAGGGUUGCAGAGUUUGAUACCCCGGCGAAGUUGCUACGUCAGGGGUUGAACGAGCGUGGUGUUAGAAGGGGAAAAGGGGGUUCGGUAUUUGCUAGUAUGGUGGAGAAUGCUGGGCCUGUGGUGGCAGCUAAGCUCUAUGAGGCAGCCAUGGAUGCAGAGAAGAGGAACAAACAAAAUUGA